AUGAUUGUUGGAGUGUAUGUUGAUGAUCUCAUUGUGACAGGAAGCAACACUGAAGAAGUCAAGAGAUUCAAGGAGCAAAUGAUGAUGGAAUUUGAGAUGAGUGACUUGGGACCUCUUUCCUAUUACUUGGGGAUUGAAGUAGAGCAGCAGAAGGACCGGAUACUACUCAAACAAUUAGCUUAUGCCAAAAAAGUUCUGUCUCAAUUUGGAAUGGCAGAUUGCAAUACAGCAAAAUACCCAAUGGAACCCAAGAUAAUUGUGGAGAGUAUCGGAGAGGGAGUUACAGAGCUUGCACCCGGCGAUCAUAUCCUCCCUGUGUUCAUCAGAGAGUGCAAGGAUUGUGCUCACUGCAAGUCAGAGGAAAGCAAGAUGUCCACCCUUCUAAGAAUUAACACUGACAUAGGAGUGAUGAUUGGGGAUGGACUAUCAAGGUUCUUGAUUAAUGGCAAACCUAUAUAUCACUUUGUCAGAACCUCAACAUUCAGUAAAUGCACUGUUAUUCAUGUCAAUGUCGCAAAGCCUCCCAAAGGUUCAUUAGUUGUUGUUUUUGGAUUGGGAGCUAUCAACCUUGUUGCUGCAGAAGGGGCCAGAAUAGCAGGGGCUUCAAGGAUUAUUGGUGUUGAUGUGAAUCCAAGAAGAUUUCUUGAAGAUUUUUCCUUUUUUUGUGUAAACGAGUUUGUGAAUCCAAAGGACUAUCAAAAGCCAUUUCAAGAGGUGCUUGCUGAAAUGACUGACGGUGGAGUUGAUCGGAGCAUCAAAUGCACCAGCAACAUUGAUGCCAUGAUAUUGGCUUUUGAAUGCGUUCAUGAUGGUUGGAGUGUUGCUGUUCUUGUCAGAGUGCCUCACAAAGAUGCUGUGUUUAAGACGCACCACCCUAUGAAUGUUCUCAAUGAAAUAACACUCAAGGGAACAUUCUUUGGUAACUGCACGCUUCACUCUGAUCUCCCUGUUGUUGUUGAGAGAUAUAUGAACAAGGAGCUAGAGCUGGAGAAGUUCAUCACUCAUGAAGUCCCAUUCUUUAGAUUUCCUGCGAGUUUGUUGCCAAACAAAAUAAGCCUGGCCUCUGGCCUUCGGCCAGUUCUUGUCGUUCAUACAAAGUAG